AUGGAGAUUAGAUCAGAUCUGCGAGUUCCACUGAAUCAAGGAAAAUCUUCUGAAGAAGAAGAUCAUCUGUUAAGAAGCACCAAGAAAAUCAAAAACCCUGAUUUACCUGAGGAAACUGAUAUUGGGGACCAACAAAUUCCAGUGUUGGAUCUUCCUUCUACCAAAACUUUCAAAGAAGCUCUGGCCACUACUAGAAAUGGGUCUUAUGCUUUCAAUAGUAGAGUAGAAAUCCUCUCGUCAGAUGAGGAAGAUGAUGAGGUUCAAGAGGGUCACUCUACGAUUCAAGCCAUAUACCCAGAACUCAGAGGCUUUCCUACAAUUUCUUUGCCUAAGAAGCUUCUAGCUAAGAUCAGGAAACCAUGGGAAAAUGCACUAAUUGUCCGACUACUGGGGAAAAACAUUGGCUACAACAUGCUCUGCUCCAGAGAAGACUGUACUAAGGUCUUCACGGAGGGACCAUGGGUCAUAAUGGACCACUAUCUAACGGUGAGAAGGUGGGAACCUAACUUUAAACCAUCGGAAGCUUUUGAAACCACAACCGCUGUGUGGGUUCGGUUUCCUGAGCUUCCGAUUGAAUAUUACCAAGAAAAAGUUCUAUUUGCGAUUGCCAAAUCUAUUGGUAAACCACUUAAAAUCGAUUGGACCACGGCUAUGGCUACAAGAGGUAAGUUUGCUCGCGUCUGUGUUGAAAUGGACCUUAGCCAACCUCUAAAGCCAAAGUUCAUAUUGGAAGGCAAACUGUACAGUAUUGAAUAUGAGUCCCUUCACUCAUUCUGCUUCCUCUGUGGCCGCGUUGACCAUAGAAAGGAAGCUUGUCGCUUCAAGCCACUGGGGGCCUUACCGGCGGAGGACAACGGUCACCUGCAACAAGAAAGGGGUGAAGAUGAAGCUUUUGGCCCAUGGAUGCUUGUGACUAAACGCUAUAGGAAACCAACCCAACCCAAGAGGAUUCAAGAUCCACAUGGCCCAAUUACCAACCCCAAUUCUUUCAGAUAUUUAGAAGGAAGCCAUAACAGCCAAACUAAUAAUAGCAGGGGAAAGAAGCCUAACAAAACUGGUAUGGAUAAGGCCCAUGGUGAGCCUAGUGUCUCUUUAAGCCCAUCUCAAGCCAAUGUUUCGAAAGGUAAAGCUAAAUUAGGGAUGAACCACACUAGACCAAAGGAUUCAGACACACUUGUGACGAAUCAGUCUCUCUGGAAGCCAAUGGGGGAGAGCUCAACAACGCACGCCAAAGAUUUCCCACCAGAGAAUCCCCUCUGUGAACAAGCUAAAGUGAACAACCUACCUAGUGAAAAUCAAGUGCACCAGACUACUUCUGACAUGAUCUAUACAUUGGAGAACACCCCAAGUUUAAACGACUCAACCAUGGUUGAAGUUAACUCGACCCCUGUAGCUGCUACCAUACCAGAAACUUCUGCAAUUCUCAAGAUAGCAACACCACUGGAUCAAGACAAAGAACCACCAGACCUAGGAGAAACCAACAAUGGACGGGGAAGACAGCAUGAACACAGAAGCACCACUACGAGAGGUGACAGUUCAUCAGAACCAGAUCCACAAUGUGAGCCUAUUGUUAGAACUAGAGAAUGA